UUCCCUCCGACGGAGGCGCGAGGCCAGACGAGCGACCCCUCUGUUCCGACAGCUGCGACCCUGAGCGCUCCAUGCCUGCGGGCGCGGGGAGGCAUGGCCUCCCCAAGGGCCGCCACCUCUGCUGGCUGCUCUGCGCUUUCACCUUAAAGCUCUGCCAAGCAGAGGCUCCCAUGGGGGAGGAGAAACUGCCAGUGAGCACCUCAAAUCUGCCCUGCUGGGUAGUGGAAGAGUUUGUGGUAGCAGAAGAGUGCGCUCCAUGUUCUAAUUUCCAGGCUAAAACCAACCCUGAGUGUGAUUCCACAGGAUAUGUGGAGAAGAUCACAUGUAGCUCAUCUAAGAGGAAUGAGUUCAAAAGCUGCCGCUCCGCUCCCGGGGAACAGCGCUCAUUCUGGGCAUUCGAGGGGGCCGUUGUGGCUGCGGCCUUGGUCUUCGCCUGCCUCGUCGUCCUUCGCCGGCGACACCUGGACCGACAGGCUCUGGAAAAGGUCCGGAAGCAAAUCGAGGCCAUGUAGCCGCUUUCCGCCCCUUCGCCCCAGCCUCGGAGGCAGCUGAGCGGACUGACUCGCGCCCUCCUGGUGUCCCCCUCUCCCAUACGCCUCCUUCGACCGUGAAUGAGCAGAAUAAAGAGUAAGUCACUUCCUUGCCUGCGGGUGUUGGGCGCCGGAAGGCAUGAGGACAGACGGGAAGAGGGGUGGCUCUGGGCCAGUCUGAAGUGCCUGUCCCACCGCUGCUCAGCCUUUUGGCUAAGGUCCAGUGUAAGGGGCCUGUCUUCCCCCUUCUAACAUUUAUUUCAAGCUUCUGGGAUACGCUUUCAGCUCAACGGUUUAUUUCUCAGCCAAAACGUGUUGCCCCACAACCUAUCCUCAAAGAAGAAAUAAAAUCACAGACAUGGAACAAAAA